AUGGAUAAGGCUUGGAUGCAUAUUGGAGAUAGAAUGCAUUCUAACGAUUACGCAUCAGGCGUUAAACAAUUCAUGGAUAUGGCGAAGGCCCAUGCAUCGGGUAGAGACUGCAUUAGGUGUCCAUGUAGGAGAUGCCGAAAUCGAUCUUUCCAUCCUUUUUCAGUGGUUGAGGAUCACUUGUUCAGAGUAGGGAUAGAUCCAUCUUAUACGGAAUGGAUCUUCCAUGGCGAGGAGGAAACUUUGCCAGACACCACAUCUUCUGACGAAGAUGGUGAUGCUGCCUAUAACGACAAUGACUACAUUGAUGAUGUCGACGAGAUGUUAGAUGAUAUCCGUGUGGGAUCCUUUAUGAACAAUUCUGGUAUAACAGAAUUUUUUUCAAACGGGGGUCAAAACCGACACACCUCGUCUCCUCCUUUACACCUUAACUUCGACCAGUUGCUAGACGAUGCCACUCAACCACUUUAUCCUAGUUGCACAGAGUUCUCGAAGUUAUCAUUCAUAGUCAAGUUGCUUCACAUAAAGACAGUUGGUGGUUGGACUGUGAAGUCGUUCGACAUGGUUAUAAAGCUUCUGCAAGCUGCCUUUCCUCAUGCUUUAUUCCCUGACUCAUAUAACGAGGCUUGUCGCUUACAGCGUGGUUUGGGCUUUACUUACACAAAGAUACAUGUAUGCCCAAAUGAUUGUGCCUUGUUUUGGAAGGAUAAUGCCGAUAAAGAUGCAUGCCCUAAAUGUAAUGCAUCUAGGUGGGCCUCAAGCACAACUAACCAAAAGAGGCUACCCCAAAAAGUCCUCCGGUAUUUUCCUCUGAAGCCGCGGUUGCAAAGGUUGUUUAUAUCUCGGAAGACUGCCCAAGCUAUGAGAUGGCAUGUAGAAGAGCGUGUUGACGAGCCCAACUUCAUGAGACAUCCUGCUGAUUCUAGGGUAUGGAAAGACUUCGAUAACAAAUAUGAGGCAUUUGCCCAAGAUCCUCGUAAUGUCAGACUUGCUCUAGCAAGUGAUGGGUUUAACCCUUUCAAUAACAUGAGCAAACCGUACAGCAUUUGGCCAGUUUUGCUUGUGCAGUACAACUUGCCUCCUUGGUCAUGCAUGAAAGAUCCAUACUUGAUGAUGUCAUUGUUAAUCCCUGGACCAAAGGCACCGGGAAAUGAUAUUGACGUGUUCUUGCGUCCACUAAUAGAUGAGUUGAGAGAAUUAUGGGAAGAUGGAAUUCAAACAUAUGAUGCAUACAAAGGCGAAAUGUUCCUAUUGAGGGCAGCGUUGCUCUGGACAAUCAAUGACUUUCCUGCAUACGCAAAUCUUUCAGGCUGGAGUACAAAGGGUAAGAUGGCAUGUCCGACAUGUAACUUUGAAACAGAUGCAUUAUGGUUGAAGCAUGGCCGAAAACAUGCUUAUAUGGGCCAUCGUCGGUGGUUGGGCAUAGAGCACAAUUGGAGGAAGAAAAAAAAUGCUUUUAAUGGAAAGGAUGAACGCCGUCUCCAACCUAAAACCAUUGCGGGACAGGCUUUAAUGGAUCAAUUACAUGAGGUCUCCAACAUCCAGUAUGGUAAAUCAACAAAGAAGCGGAAACGUACCCCGAAUGAACUUAAUUGGACUAAAAAAUGUAUCUUCUUUGAGCUUCCUUAUUGGUUAGACUUGGGAUUGCGGCAUAACUUAGAUGUCAUGCACAUUGAGAAAAACAUCUGUGAUAACGUUUUGGGAACCCUGAUGAAUAUUGAAGGCAAAAGUAAGGACACUGUCAAUGCGCGUAGGGACUUGGAAGAUCUUGGACUAAGGAAAGAAUUGCAUUUACAGCAUCAAGGUAAUCAUACUUAUAUGAGUCUUGCAUGUUACAUGUUAAAUGGAACUGAGCGAAGAAGUUUUUGUGCACGUAUGGCAGAAGUCAAAUUUCCUGAUGGUUUUGCCUCAAAUAUUGCCCGGUGUGUCAACGUUAAUGAAGGAAAAAUCAUGGGAAUGAAGAGCCAUGAUUGUCAUAUCUUUAUGCAAUAUUUGUUGCCGGUUAUUAUUGGUGGGUACCUACGACCAGAUAUUAGGGGAGCUUUAAUAGAGUUAUGCUCAUUUUUCAAAGAAUUAUGCUCACGAACACUAGACACAAGGGUGUUGGAAAGACUUCAAGCUAAUAUCCCCGUCAUUCUUUGCAAAUUGGAAAUGAUAUUUCCACCGGCAUUUUUUGAUAUCAUGGUGCACCUUGCUAUUCAUCUCCCAGAUGAGGCAUUGCUAGCAGGCCCUGUUCAGUACAGGUGGAUGUACCCUUUCGAGAGGUAUCUGGGUAAAUUCAAGCGGUAUGUCCGCAACAGAGCUCGUCCAGAAGGCUCAAUUGCUGAGGCAUAUGUUCAUGUCGAAUGUCUGACAUUUUGCUCUAUGUACCUUAAUGAUAUCGAGACUAGACAUAACCGAGAGGAACGAAACAGUGACACAGUUGGGCAAACCUCCCGAGAGUCAAGUUUAUCGGUUUUCUCCCAAAAGGUGCGCCCAUUAGGGGCAGCAAGAGUGGAAAAAUUACCAGACGCACUGUUGGCCAAGGCCGAGUGGUACGUUCUUAAUAAUUGCGCAGAGAUUGAAGACUAUAUAGAUGAGCACUAUAACAAGAUGAAAGAAGAGGACCUUAGCAACAUUGAGCGAAGGCACCAAAGUCAAUUCCCAACGUGGUUUAGAACACGCAUCGCCGAGUUGCAUGCUAAGAUUCCCCCCGAGGUGACCGAUGACAUAUAUGCAUUAGCAUGUGGUCCAGAUCCACUGGUCGCAUCAUAUUCUGGGUGUAUAAUGAAUGGAAUUCGGUUUCACACGAAGGAACUCGAGGGGCGUCGCCGCACCCAAAACAGUGGUGUUGUUGUCCAUGGCGACCAUCAAGGAUUGCCAGUGGACUUCUAUGGUGUGUUGCAGGACAUCAUAGAAUUACGUUAUUUAGGUUGGCGUAAGUGUUUUUUGUUUAAAUGUGAUUGGUGGGACAUUGGUGACAUGAGAAGGGGGAUACACAUUGGGGAUCACUUAACGAGUGUCAACACGUCUAGGCAAUGGUACAAAGAUGAGCCUUUCGCUCUAGUAUGCCAAUCGUUGCAAGUUUUUUACAUAAAAGACCCGACUUUAGGGGGCAGUUGGCACGUCGUACACAAGAUAACAAAUAGGAAUGUUUACAAUAUUCGACACAAUACCUCCGAGUUGCAUGAACUUGAUGAUGAAUCCGACGUUGGUGAAAUAGACGAUGAGAGUGACACUGAUCCUAGGAACUAUGGCUGUGUUAAUGAAACUAAUUUAGUAGACAUGCUCAAUCCAUUGAUCCGAGUAAAUGAAGACAACUUGCCCGUUGAUCCUUCAACACUGUCACAUGAGCAUUUGGCUGAAGGAAGUGACGAUGAGGCCUUCAUUGAUGAUGAAGACAUUAACGACGCUUUUGUGUUGGAGAACAUUGAUGAGGGGGAUAGCGAUGGUUAG